AUGACAUCCCCCUCCAUACCAGUGCGGAUCCACACAAGCAGCGAGAGGACGACAUAUCUCGACAUACAAGAGGGCCCUUCCUCAGCACGUUUGAUCUCGCAGACGAGCAGAGCGGCAGUCUUGCUCGACACGAUCACGGACAGUCAGUUGCGAGCCAGCAAGCAGGACAUUGAAGCAGAAGUCGUUCUCGUUUACGACGAACCCACCGAGUCAUACAUCAUCCAUGUCAUUGAUAACAUCGUCGUGCUUGACGAACCACAACCGCAGCCGAAGCGAAAAGCUGCGGAACCAAUAACGCGUUCAUCCAAUGAACGCGUCGUCAAGCGCUCGAAAGCAUCUAUGGCGCAGCUAGAAGACAAGCCGGCGUCAUCAGCGAGCUCCAUACCUGCAAGCAUUGUCGCAGACUCCGAGGGCGAUACGUCGAGCGACAAUUCGAGUAGCGAUGACGACGAUGACGAUCUAGACGAUUUCGCACUCGAGCUCAACAACUCCCUUUCACGAGGAAGCACGAUCGGAUUAUAG